AUGGAGAGCGCGGCGAGUGGCGGCUGCCGCUACCAAUUUCGGAUCCUGCUGCUGGGAGACGCGGCCGUGGGCAAGACGUCGCUGCUGCAGCGCUACGUGGCCGGCACGCCCGGGACCCCGGAGCCUGAGCUCGAACCCGAGCCCACCGUGGGCGUCGAGUUCUACAGCCGCGCGCUGCAGCUGCGGGCCGGGCCGCGGGUCAAGCUGCAGCUGUGGGACACGGCGGGCCACGAGCGCUUCAGGUGCAUCACCAGGUCGUUCUACCGGAAUGUGGUGGGUGUCCUGCUGGUCUUUGAUGUGACAAACAGAAAGUCUUUUGAACACAUUCGAGACUGGCACCAGGAGGUCGUGGCCACUCAGGGUCUGGACAAGGUGAUCUUUCUGCUGGUUGGCCACAAGAGUGACCUGCAGAGUAAGCGCUGUGUCUUGGCCCAGGAGGCCGAGGAACUAGCCGCCUCCCUGGGUAUGACCUUCCUAGAGACUUCAGCCACAAACGAUUGCAACGUAGACCUGGCCUUCCACACUCUGGCUUAUGCCAUCCAGCAGGCUCUGCAGCAGGGAGCCAUCAAGCUGGAAAAGGACUGGGGUGGGGUUCGACUCAUGCAAAUCUCCAGGCCUCCCUGCAGACAGCAGCGGGCAGGCCAGUGCCAGUGUUGA